AUGACUUUGUGGAUAACGUGCCUUUUUGCAUUCUUUCACACGACUACGUUUGCAGCUGAUGCGCCAAUGUGCAUACGUUACAAAGGGAGUGAUCUCUAUGAAAGAUAUGAAACACGACGACGUCAAUCCUUUGGCUUCAUGUUCGAUUGGAAUAAGCACAACCUUGAUCCUUAUUUGUGUACAGCGGAGUACAUUCAGAUUGUUUACACAACUUACGAUUUGUGUAAGCUGUUCUGUACAGUUCCAACAACGCCAACGCCAACAGCUACAACUCCGAAGGCUCCCUUAACUUCUGAUGUGUUUUCCACCGAAAAGUCAUCAAAGGCAACAACAGCUACAAUGACAAGAACUUCUUCAGGAACAACAAGUCCUACUGUUUCUUACACCAGUGCGACGUCUACAAUGAAAUGCAUUCAUUCACUUACGAUUACAGUGUCGUCAACAACGCCAGAGCCUUUGACAUCAACGAGAAGCACAACAAACGUUACAAGCUAUACCACUGGCAGUGCCACUACAGAGAAGAACGCAACAACGUGUUGA